AUGGACUCCUCAGAUGUCUUUUCUGAUGAAAAUGGUAAUGAAGAGGGAUUUGAAUCAACUUUACUAAAUUACUUGGAGUCUAUAACAAACAUAUUCGACCUGGUGUUCUUCUUAAGAAGUACAGGUCUCAUUAAAGAAAAUAACUUCUUUUAUAGGAAUUUGAAUAGAAGUAAUAUUGGAUCAAAAAUUUGGUUUGUCACUUUAAUUUUAUCAAUUCGAAAAUUAUAUAAAAAUAUACUAAAAUCAACUAAAUUACUUUCAUUAUUGAAAACAGAAUUAACUAAAAUUGAGAAAAAUAAUGAUUUAACUUCAGAUAUAAUAUUACAAAAAAUUCAGAAUAAUAACACUAUACUUAAAAAGAAAAUCAAAAAUUUUAUUAUUGAAUUAAUUCAAGAUUUCAUCUAUUUAAUCAUUGUCUCAUUAGAGAUAUUCAAAAUAUCAAUAUCAAAAAAAUUGAAUCAUAGAUUAGAGAUCUUGUCGAAUUCAGUUUCAAUGUUAAAGUUUUUCACUUUGGAGAUAACGCCAACUAAGUAA